CCAACGGCUGCAGCCGACGCCAUGGAUCGUCUUCCUGACUCUGCUGGUCGGCUCUCUGUCUCAGACUGUAACAAUCGUCCCUUCUCUUCAAACACUGGAUCUGACUUCAGCCAACAUGUCUCACCUGGACCGAGUCUGCACAACUUGGGGAAACUAUCACUUCAAGACCUUUGAUGGGCAUUUCUUCCAGUUGGCUUCCACCUGUAACCAUGUGUUGGUCUCCCACUGUGGGGGAAGCUAUGAGAGCUUCAUCAUCCAGAUGAGGCGGGGCCUGAUCAACAGCAUCAGCAGCAUCGCCAUGAAGCUGGAUGGCUCAGUGGUGGAGCUCUCCAACAGCUCCGUCAUAUUCAACGGCCAGCUGGUGUCUCUGCCACUCGUUGCCUUCGGAGUGACAAUCAAAAGGACCACAUCCAGCAUCUUUGUUGAAGCCAAUCUUGGGAUCAAGGCUGUUUGGAACCUGGAGGACUCCUUAGAUAUCGAACUGGAUAGCAAAUAUCAGAACCAGACCUGCGGACUGUGUGGAAACUUUGAUGGGAUAGCUAAUGAUUUUAUGAAAGAUGGGGCUGUGAUGUCGGUGGUGGACUUGGCUGAGACUUACAAGGUAAACGGGCCCACUGAGACGUGUGUGGAACCCGACCUCACCCCGACCCGGAGCUGUGGGGAUAAGCUGCUUUGUGAGGAGACCUUCUCUAGCAAUCCGUUCAGCAGCUGCCAGAACCUCCUGGAUGUGGAAUCGUUUACUAAGGCGUGCAUGGCAGACAUGUGUAACUAUGAAGAGAACACAGAGUCCAUGUUGUGCAAAACCAUCUCAGAGUUCUCCAGACAGUGCGUCCAUGCAGGAGGAAGCCCCCAGCCUUGGAGGAACGAAACCUUCUGCUACAAGCGAUGCCCAUACAACAUGGAGUUUCUGGAAUGUAGCCGGCCAUGUCAGGACUCCUGCUCCAACCCACAGACCAGUCAGACCUGUGACAGCCACUGCCACGAUGGCUGCAGCUGUCCUGCAGGAAUGGUGUUUGAUGACAUUGGUAACACAGGAUGUGUCACAGCUGAUCAGUGCCCAUGUCUCCAUGGCAACCAGAUCUACCAGUCAGGAGAGUCCUACUCAUUCAACUGUAGAUCCUGUGUUUGUGAGAGAGGCCACUGGACGUGUAAGGAGGAAAACUGCUCGGGAACCUGUUCGGUGGAGGGAGGAGCUCACGUUACCACCUUUGACGGGAAAAUGUACACCUUCCACGGAGACUGCUCCUACGUUCUGGCUAAACAGAGUGAAGGCUCCCUGUACACUGUGUUGGUGGACCUGGUCAAAUGUGGUCUGACAGACAGCAGGACGUGUCUCAGAGCCGUUACUCUGGCCCUGGGCAGUAAUGCCGUGGUCAUCAAAAUUCAAGCAUCUGGGCAAGUCUAUGUCAACAAUAUUCUUUCUCAGCUUCCAUUGUUUACAUCUGAGCUGAGCGCCUUUUGGCCAUCCUCCUUUUAUGUUGUAAUCAGCACCAAAGUGGGAAUCCAAGUGAUGGUCCAGCUCUCUCCUGUGAUGCAAGUCUUUGUUUCAGCUGAUGUGUCACUCAAAGGAGCCACCUCCGGAUUAUGUGGGAACUUCAACAACAUAAUGAGUGAUGACUUCCGGGUGAUUAGUGGACUUGUGGAGGGAACUGCUGCAGCAUUUGCCAACACAUGGAAGACCAGAGUCAGCUGUCCUGACGUCGUGCCACACUUUGGAGAUCCUUGCAGCCAGGACAUUAGCAGAGAGAACUUUGCACAGUACUGGUGUUCCAAAUUGACUGAUCCCCUGGGAGUGUUUGCCCCUUGCCACUCAGUUGUCAGCCCCAGCUCAUACAAAGACAACUGCCUGUACGACGCCUGUAACUGUGAAAAAAGUGAGGACUGCAUGUGUGCUGCGGUCUCCUCAUAUGUCUACGCCUGCUCAGCGGCAGGAGUCCACAUCAGCGGCUGGAGGGAAACCAUCUGCGGAAAAUUUAGUGAAUCAUGUCCAUCAGAAACAGUUUAUGAGUACAACAUGACAUCCUGUGGUCGGACGUGUCGGUCCCUCAGCCAGGCUGAUUACUCCUGCCAGGUCAGCUUCGCCUCUGUGGACGGCUGCGGCUGUGCUGAGGGAACCUACAUGAAUGAAGGGGGACAGUGUGUGUCCAGUACAAACUGCCCCUGCUACGAUAAGGACACCUUUAUUCCUGCUGGACAGACCAUCCUCAAAGAUGGAGUAACAUGUGUCUGCAGACAUGGGGCCCUCAGCUGCUCAGGAGGAGCCAGACUACAAACCUCCACAUCAUGUGUCCCCCCCAUGGUUUAUUUUGAUUGCUCCACUGCUCCGCCUGGCACCACUGGGGCUGAGUGUCAGAAGAGCUGCAGCACGGUGGACAUGCCUUGUAUCAGUACAGGCUGUACAUCUGGAUGUGUGUGCCCAGAAGGCCUGCUGUCAGACGGAGCAGGAGGCUGCAUCAGUGAGACAAGCUGUCCAUGUGUCCACAAUGGACACGUCUAUCAGCCAGGACAGACUCUCACAGUGGACUGUAACACCUGCUCAUGCAGCGGACGAACGUUCACUUGUACCAGCAAUGUUUGCAAUGCAGUUUGUGGGAUCUAUGGAGAUGGUCAUUAUAUUACAUUUGAUGAUAAAAGGUUUGACUUCAGUGGAGAAUGUGAAUACACACUCCUACAGGAUUAUUGCAGCCCUGGUCAGGGAAACGGAAGCUUCAGUAUUAUCACUGAGAAUGUUCCAUGUGGAACCACUGGGACCACCUGCUCCAAGACCAUUAAGAUCUUCCUGGAGGAUAAUGAAUUCCAUCUUAAGGAUGAUAGUUUCCACGUGAUAAAAGGAAAUAUCAAUGUUCUCCCUGGUUCUGUACAAAAAAUGGGUGUUUACCUGGUGGUGACCGUCCAUUCAGGGCUGGUAGUCAUGUGGGACCAGAAGACCAGCCUUUUCAUUUCUCUCAGUCCACAGUUCCAGGGUGAAGUGUGUGGCCUGUGUGGGAACUACGAUGGCAACAGUAAAAAUGAUUUUACCACACGCUCUCAAGAGACUGUGACAGAUGUUUUAGAGUUUGGGAACAGCUGGAAAGUGUCAUCUAGUUGCUCUAAUGCCCAGCUUCUCAGUGAUCCCUGUGCCUCCAACCGCUACCGGGCAGCCUGGUCUCAGAAGCAGUGCAGCAUCAUAACCAGCGACACCUUCCACAGCUGUCAUGCAAAAGUUGAUCCUGGCCCAUACUAUGAUUCUUGUGUGAGAGACUCCUGUGCUUGUGAUACUGGAGGUGACUGUGAGUGUUUCUGCACCGCUGUGGCUGCCUAUGCCAAAGCUUGCAGCACAGCUGGAGCCUGCGUCCGCUGGAGAACUCCAAAGUUGUGCCCUAUUUUCUGUGACUAUUAUAACUCCCAUGGUGGCUGUGAAUGGCAUUACAAGCCUUGUGGAGCUGACUGCAUGAAGACUUGUAGGAAUCCCUCAGGAAACUGUGCCAAACUCAUCACUCACAUGGAAGGUUGCUAUCCACAGUGUUCUCACACCAAGCCUUUCUUUGAUGAAGACUCAAUGAAAUGUGUGAGCUGGGACCAGUGUGGAUGCUAUGAUGACAAAGGCAUUCAUUACAGCACAGGCGAGAAGGUUCCAUCCAACAGCUGUUACACUUGCUCCUGUACAUUAUCUGGGAUAAUAUGCAUCUACAGUGUUGAUUCAUGUACAUGUACGAUUAAUGGAAAAACUUACAACUAUGGUGCCACAAUAUAUAACACUUCGGAUGGUCUGGGAAACUGCAUUGCAGCUGAAUGUGGCGCUAAUGGAACUAUAUCUAGAAGCAUGUACACAUGCAUGAAUACUACAACCGCUGGGCCUACAACAACUCCAUUUAAAUUUAGCACAGAGGGCCCUAUAACAUCCACCCAGAGAGCCACAACUGAAUCUGUCGAAACUACGUUCUCAGAAACAACAGUGAAGAUUGGAACAACAAACCCCUCAAAGGUUGGCACAACAGGUCCAGUGACUGGCUCCAUUACAGAAGUUGUUGAAUCCACAACUGAAGUACCAGGAAUCAUUUCAACCAGCCCAGAAACAACACUUGUCACAUCUAAGCCCUCUGUUGUUACCAAAACUACAGCUACACCUUCCAGAACAACCGAAGCAAUUACAACCAAAGCUUCUGAAGCAUCUACAACCCAAGGUCCCUCAACUAAUGUAGGUACAAGAAAGCCCAUUGAAGCUACCUCUGGUCAAUUAACAUUCUCCACCACAGCAAUUGUUGAAAUGACAAGUUCAGUGCCAGAAGGAACAAGCAGAAAGAGUGAAACUACCACCAUAUCAUCAAAGCCAUCUCGUCAUACAACCACUACAGAAGGCCCUGUAACAUCCACCCAGAGAGCCACAACUGAAUCUGUCGAAACUACGUUCUCGGAAACAACAGUGAAGAUUGGAACAACAAACCCCUCAAAGGUUGGCACAACAGGUCCAGUGACUGGCUCCAUUACAGAAGUUGUUGAAUCCACAACUGAAGUACCAGGAAUCAUUUCAACCAGCCCAGAAACAACACUUGUCACAUCUAAGCCCUCUGUUGUUACCAAAACUACAGCUACACCUUCCAGAACAACCGCAAUUACAACCAAAGCUUCUGAAGCAUCUACAACCCAAGGUCCCUCAACUAAUGUAGGUACAAGAAAGCCCAUUGAAGCUACCUCUGGUCAAUUAACAUUCUCCACCACAGCAAUUGUUGAAAUGACAAGUUCAGUGCCAGAAGGAACAAGCAGAAAGAGUGAAACUACCACCAUAUCAUCAAAGCCAUCUCGUCAUACAACCACUACAGAAGGCCCUGUAACAUCCACCCAGAGAGCCACAACUGAAUCUGUCGAAACUACGUUCUCGGAAACAACAGUGAAGAUUGGAACAACAAACCCCUCAAAGGUUGGCACAACAGGUCCAGUGACUGGCUCCAUUACAGAAGUUGUUGAAUCCACAACUGAAGUACCAGGAAUCAUUUCAACCAGCCCAGAAACAACACUUGUCACAUCUAAGCCCUCUGUUGUUACCAAAACUACAGCUACACCUUCCAGAACAACCGGAGCAAUUACAACCAAAGCUUCUGAAGCAUCUACAACCCAAGGUCCCUCAACUAAUGUAGGUACAAGAAAGCCCAUUGAAGCUACCUCUGGUCAAUUAACAUUCUCCACCACAGCAAUUGUUGAAAUGACAAGUUCAGUGCCAGAAGGAACAAGCAGAAAGAGUGAAACUACCACCAUAUCAUCAAAGCCAUCUCUUCAUACAACCACUACAGAAGGCCCUGUAACAUCCACCCAGAGAGCCACAACUGAAUCUGUCGAAACUACGUUCUCAGAAACAACAGUGAAGAUUGGAACAACAAACCCCUCAAAGGUUGGCACAUCAGGUCCAGUGACUGGCUCCAUUACAGAAGUUGUUGAAUCCACAACUGAAGUACCAGGAAUCAUUUCAACCAGCCCAGAAACAACACUUGUCACAUCUAAGCCCUCUGUUGUUACCAAAACUACAGCUACACCUUCCAGAACAACCGGAGCAAUUACAACCAAAGCUUCUGAAGCAUCUACAACCCAAGGUCCCUCAACUAAUGUAGGUACAAGAAAGCCCAUUGAAGCUACCUCUGGUCAAUUAACAUUCUCCACCACAGCAAUUGUUGAAAUGACAAGUUCAGUGCCAGAAGGAACAAGCAGAAAGAGUGAAACUACCACCAUAUCAUCAAAGCCAUCUCGUCAUACAACCACUACAGAAGGCCCUGUAACAUCCACCCAGAGAGCCACAACUGAAUAUGUCGAAACUACGUUCUCAGAAACAACAGUGAAGAUUGGAACAACAAACCCCUCAAAGGUUGGCACAACAGGUCCAGUGAUUGGCUCCAUUACAGAAGUUGUUGAAUCCACAACUGAAGUACCAGGAAUCAUUUCAACCAGCCCAGAAACAACACUUGUCACAUCUAAGCCCUCUGUUGUUACCAAAAUUACAGCUACACCUUCCAGAACAACCGGAGCAAUUACAACCAAAGCUUCUGAAGCAUCUACAACCCAAGGUCCCUCAACUAAUGUAGGUACAAGAAAGCCCAUUGAAGCUACCUCUGGUCAAUUAACAUUCUCCACCACAGCAAUUGUUGAAAUGACAAGUUCAGUGCCAGAAGGAACAAGCAGAAAGAGUGAAACUACCACCAUAUCAUCAAAGCCAUCUCUUCAUACAACCACUACAGAAGGCCCUGUAACAUCCACCCAGAGAGCCACAACUGAAUCUGUCGAAACUACGUUCUCAGAAACAACAGUGAAGAUUGGAACAACAAACCCCUCAAAGGUUGGCACAACAGGUCCAGUGACUGGCUCCAUUACAGAAGUUGUUGAAUCCACAACUGAAGUACCAGGAAUCAUUUCAACCAGCCCAGAAACAACACUUGUCACAUCUAAGCCCUCUGUUGUUACCAAAACUACAGCUACACCUUCCAGAACAACCGAACAAUUACAACCGAAGCUUCAGAAGCAUCUACAACCCAAGGUCCCUUAA